AGCAUGGCCAGGCAGCAGCAGUACUCGCGCUAUCUCCGCCAGCUGCGGCAGGAAUUCAUUGAGUAUUGGAAACAAAACACACCGAGUAACGGCUCACCGACUGAUUUCGAAAAAGGUAGAAUUCUAGGUACUGGUGCUUUUGGCAUAGUCUUCCUUGUAAAACAUGUUGUAACAGGAAAAUAUUAUGCAAUGAAAAUGCUAGAAAAAGACAAAGUUAUAAAACAAAAACAAGUUGAACAUAGUUACUACGAGAAAAAAAUAUUAUGCGGUUUAAAUUUUCCCUUUGUAAUCUAUAUGAAAUAUUUCUUUAAGGACAACGUGUACCUGUAUUUUGUUCUGCCUUAUAUAGCCGGGGGAGAGAUGUUUUCUCACUUGCGCAAGAUGGGUAAAUUUGACGAAAAUGCUGCAAAGUUUUAUGGUGCUCAAGUAGUUUUAGCUUUAGAGUACCUGCAUGCUUGUGAAUUAGUGUAUCGUGAUUUGAAGCCGGAGAAUAUAUUGAUUGAUAAAACUGGUUACAUUAAAAUAGUUGAUUUCGGAUUUUGUAAGUUCCUACAAGACAGGACCUGGACGCUUUGCGGCACUCCGGAGUACUUAGCUCCAGAAAUUAUACUGAGCAAGGGUUACGGCAAAGCCGUGGACUGGUGGUCGUUCGGGAUUUUGUUAUAUGAAAUGAGUGCGGGACAUCCGCCUUUCUUCUCGUCGGACCCCAUGAGGAUCUAUGAGAAAAUCGUCAUCGGAAAAUAUAGAUGUCCUGAUCACUUUUCUCUCAACUUAAUAGAUUUAUUAUCUCAUGUUCUCCAAGUGGAUUGCACUAAGCGUUAUGGGAAUCUGAAGGACGGAGUAUUCGACAUUAAAAAUCACAAAUGGUUUCAAGAAAUCGACUGGGAUAGUCUUGUGAACUGUCGAACGCAUGCUCCGUAUAAACCUAAAAUCCGAUCGGCGUCUGACGCCACCAAUUUUGAUACAUAUGACGACGUGAAGCUUGAAGAAAGUCCUGUGUGCUUGUACGAAAAUGAAUUCAAGGACUUUUAAGCGUCGUUUUAUUAU